CCAGACUGAGAAAAGUAUGCGCCUCGUUCACCGGUGCUGUGGUCAUUCAUUCUCUGAUAACAAACCGAAGAGUUGAGCUAUUUUUGUUUAAGCCGGCUCUGCUUUCAAAUAUAGACAUCUUUCACCCCAUUCAGUAACUUGACUGACUUUGAAAGCACGGUAAUAAUUUAGGUAACACAGCUUACGGAGUGGCUAACUGAUUAGCUUAGGGAGCUGCUAGCUAGCUAGCUAGCUGGUUAGCUACCAGCCGUUUGUUCACUGAACGAGCACGGUGAGGCCUAACGUUACCGCAUCCUCGGUAUUUAUUGUGGAGGCUCUACCGAAGACCAACGUUUAUUUCCCAGCAAGAGCACAGCUGCAUUUUGUAAUUUCUCAGACAAAAACAACUCGGUGUCUGAGAAAAGAUGGAAGCUCCUCCUGUUACCGUGAUGCCUGUCACCGGGGGCACAAUCAAUAUGAUGGAGUACCUGCUGCAAGGCAGUGUGUUAGACCAGGCCCUGGAAAGCCUCUUGCAUCGCCUUCGAGGUCUCUGUGACAACAUGGAACCUGAGACCUUCACAGAUCACGAACUGGUUUAUCUUCUGAAAGGCCAACAAGGGAACCCUUUCAUUCUGCGUGCCCGGCGCUCCCUGUCCCAUCCCACAUCACCAUGGCACCUACGCUACCUAGGCCAACCUGAAGUUGGUGACAAGAGCCGCCAUGCUCUGGUGCGCAACUGUGUUGACGUAGCCGCCUCUCAAAGCCUGCCGGAGUUCCUCAACGAGAUGGGCUUCCGCAUGGACCAUGAGUUUGUGGCCAACGGGCACAUAUUCCGCAAAGGGGCUAUGAAAAUUGUGGUCAGCAAGCUGUCACGCAUCCUGGUACCAGGUAACACAGAGAACACAGAGCGACUAUCACUUUCAUACCUGGUGGAGCUGAGUGUGUUGGCUCCCGCCGGGCAGGACACUGUGUCAGAGGAUAUGCGCAGCUUUGCUGAGCAACUUAAACCCCUGGUUCACCUGGAGAAGAUUGACCCCAGCAAACAGAGACACUAAAUGUGAACAUUUUAAGGGUCAAGUCAUCUGUGACCACUAUGGACCAAUAAGACUUAAUUUUUUUUAUUUUAUUUUUUUACAUUGUUUACAUUCAAACUAAAAUUAAAUACAGUCCAACUUUGACUUAACAUUUACGCUCUUGGUAAAUUUGUUAUGUGAGUGGGAAAAUGACUCUACGAUUCCUAAGUGGUAUAUCGUAGGCAACUAGACUUGCUUGAGUUUCGUGAAGAUGUUUCACCUCUCGUGAACUGAAGCAAGUCCCCCUUAAAGCUAAGCAAUUUCGGUUUCCUAUAAUAAGCACUUAGGAUUAACAUGAACUGGAUGACUAAGAACCUUCACCAGCAUGACUCUACAGUUACUACAGAAUAUUACAGCAUAUCAUCAGUUUCCACCAAAGAAUUUUCAUAGUUUUGAGUUUUGACAUGUUAAGCUUAUCACUCUUUCACUACAUAAUACAGUUUGCAGAUUUUGGGCUCGUUGCAGACAGGCCGCUAUCCCAGCACCUGCUAAUGUGUGCUCACAUUUUGUCUCCAAUAACAUAAGAUCCAGACGUUUAGCAGAAUUAUCCUCAGAGGUCUCCUCUUUCCAAAAAAAAUGGACAAGGUGAUUUAAAUUGGUAAAAACACUGAAUAAAGCCGUUUCAUGUUAAAAAACAGUGUUUUUCUGACACUGUUUGGCUCUUUGUGGAUUAGCUGCUUAUUACGGUUGCCGUUGAGAAAGCGCUAGAACACGAAUGGCCCUAUUUUGAGAAAGUAUUUGGUUUGUCCGUUCUGGGCUACUGCAACAUGGUGGACUCUGUGGAUGAGGACCCGCUUGCUAUGUAGUUAUAAAGGCUCAUUCUGAGAGGACAAAAAAGUGACUGUAAUUAUUUUCAGAUUAUUAUACACUAAAGAAAACUUGCUUAUUAUAUUCCAUUUCUGCCAAUAUAUCCCCCUAAAUUCUACACACUGGACCUUUAAACUGAUUUUUAGUUAAUUUAUAUUUUUAUAUUUGUGAUAUUAAUAAUAACUUUAUUUGUAGAGCACCUUUUGAGCUGAAAGCACAAAGUACUUUCCAGUGUGCAGAUAAUACAAAACAAAAGGGAUACUAAUAAAAUAUAAACAUUUACAUACGCCUACACUAACAUAUACACUUAAACACAUACAUACCUGUAAGCAUGCAUACAUAAAUACACGGCUGUAAAUACAUACACUCCCGUACACACAAUAAGUCUGUCAACUGUCAGAAAAGGCCAAUCUGUCAAAGUUUUCAGAUGAGAUUUAAAGACAUGAACAGAGUCAGCUGAUCUGAUGCUCAGAGGGAGGCUGUUCCAAAGCCGGGGAGCAAGAACUGAAACGGCUUGAUCACACUUUGUCUUUAACCUGGAUUAGAAGACUCAGACUAGCAGACCUGUGAACCAUAGCGACUCU